UUGUGGACUCAUCAUUCUGCAUCAAAAAUGGUUUCCUACGAGUUGACCAUCUACACUGGCAAAGAAGCCAGUGCCAUAACCGUGAACAGCAUCUACAUAAAGCUGGUGGGCACAAAAGGCGAGAGUGACCGCAAAUGGCUGAACAUUUCGCCCAUCUUCUGGGGAUCAGGUACUUGCAGUGUGGACUGUGAAUGCACCCUGGGACAGUUGAUUCUGAUCGAAGUAGACAAAAGAACAUGGUUCCUGAGUGAUGCUUGGUUCCCUGAAAAGGUGGAAAUCAAAACACCCGAGGGCGACGUCUACACUUUCCCCAUCUACUGCUGGAUCAGUGACAGCGAGACUCACCGCUUCAGAGAGGGGAAAGCUCUGAGAAUCUAUGAGGAAGAAAACCCUCUUGGUCAGUACGCACGGAAGCAGGAGCUCAUCCAGCGGCGUGAGGAAUUUAGAUGGGACGAGUAUGACUCACGCUUGCCAUACAACAUUGAAGCAGAUGGUAUUUAUGCCCUGCCGCCUAAGGACCAGUUCUCCUGGACUAAAACUAUACAGUUUUUCAUAACAGGGUUAUAUGGGAAAAUUGGGAAUAUUCUGAAAAACCUGACAGAAAACCGCAACAAUUGGAAGAGUCUCGACGAAAUCCACAAUGUGUUGAGUUGCAGAACCUCAAACCUAUAUGAUUACGUCCAGCAACACUGGGAGGAAGAUAAUUUCUUUGGAUACCAAUAUCUAAACGGCCUCAAUCCCAUCCUGAUCCGACGUUGCAAAACUCUGCCGCCAAACUUCCCCGUGACCGAUGACAUGGUCUCCUUUCCUGAGGGGUCAAAACUGUGUAAUGAGUUGAAGAACGGGAACAUUUACCUGUGUGACUACAAGAACCUGGAAGGAUUGCCAGCAAACACAGUUUUAGGAAAGCAGCAGUACUUAACAGCGCCCCUGGUUCUGUUUCACAAGAGACCAGAUGACAAGCUGAUGCCUAUCGCCAUUCAGCUGAAGCAGACCGCAGGUGAAGACAACCCCAUCUUCCUCCCGACUGACUCCACCCAUGAUUGGUUGACAGCAAAAAUAUUUGUGAGAAACGCUGACUUCACAGAGCACCAGUUCAACACGCACUUUUUGCGCACGCACCUGCUGGCCGAGGCCUUUGCAGUGUCGUUGCAGCGCAACCUACCUAUGGUGCAUCCCCUCUACAAGCUCCUCAUACCCCACACUCGCUACACCCUGGAGAUCAACAAAUUAGGUCGAGGAGGGCUGAUUGGCCCCACGGGAAUCAUUACCUUGGAUGCAGGUUCUGGGGGAAAGGCUAUAACCCAGUUCAUGGGGAGAUCGAUGUCCGACAUCACCUACACUUCCCUUUGUAUCCCAGAUGACAUCAAGGAGCGCGACAUGCAGGAUGUCCCCAACUACUACUACAAGGAUGACGGGCUCAAGAUCUGGAACAUUAUGUACAAGUUUGUUCAAAAAGUGCUUGAGUACUACUACAAAAGUGACGACGACGUCCUGAGAGACUCAGAACUGCAGACUUAUAUCGGGGACAUUUUUAAAAAGGGCUUCCUUUCGCAUAAAAAAAGAGGAUUCCCUCAGAGUUUCACCACUGUGACUGAGAUGGUUAAGUUUGUCACAAUGGUGAUGUUCACUUGUUCCUGCCAGCAUGCGGCUGUAAACAACGGAAUGUUUGACUACGCCGGCUGGAUGCCCAACUACCCCUCGACUAUGCAGUGUCCUCCCCCGACGGAAAAGGGGACAACAUCGGAGGCCACAAUUUUGGCGACAUUACCUCCUGUCUGUAUAACUGCUCAGAUCAACAAUGUAGUUUGGCUGCUCAGCAGGCCGCCGUCAGACUUUGUUGCCCUGGGACACUACCCAGAGGAACAGUUCACUGAAGAGAUCCCCCGUCUGUGGCAGAGGAAGUUCAAAGCGGAGCUCGAGGUGCUGAUUCCAAACUUCAAGAUAAGGAACAUGGAUAUCAAAAUCCCUUACACUUACCUGAUACCAAACAGUGUGGAGAACAGCAUCACCAUCUAAAACCAUUCUACUAAUGUUGUAGAAUAGGUUACAUGGUAUAUAUUCAAAACACAACAAGUGGCCUAUUUCUGUUUUUAGCUUACAUUAUGCAAUAAUCUUUGUCUUUUCUAUGACCGCAAUGCUAAAAACAGGUACUGCAGUAGAACCUCCAAAUGAUAAAUAAAUGAUAAAUGGGUUAUACUUGUAUAGCGCUCUUCUACCUUCAAGGUAGACAGUAUUUCCACAUUCACCCACACAUUCACACACUGAUGGCGGGAGCUGCCAUGCAAGGCGCUAACCAGCAGCCAUCAGGAGCAAGGGGUGAAGUGUCUUGCCCAAGGACACAACGGACGUGACUAGGAGUCAAAUAGAAAAGUACUUACCCUUUAAAGCAGUGGUGUGCUAACUACGGCAUCACGUGCUCGCCCGCCUUAUCUGUCAAAUUUCACAAGCCAAUGUGGCCCAUGAGCCAAAAAGUUUGCCCACCCCUGCUUUAAAAGUGUUUGCUGAAAUAUACUGUCACCUGGUGGCUUGUAAUAGGUAUGGCUUGAGCUAACUAAAGUGUCAUUUUGUUUGGGGCAUUUGUUUGGGGAAAGUUACUUUUUGUAUGCAUAUUGCACUGAGAAGCCACAUGCUUUCUUAUGUCACAGUAAGCUCCAUGUCCUCUUCAAUGGUUAUAUUCACAUUAUUUUCCUCUCUAUCAUUAGUAUGUAUUAGUAUUAGUAACUUAGAGAUUUCUUUACAAAAGAAAUAGUUUUUAAGGUUCGUGGGAUAUAUCAGUUAUUCUUUAACUGUUUGAACAGUAACAUUGUGUUUGAAUAUAUAGUUGAGUGAUUAUUUGGUGUAAUAUUUC